GAAGCUUCCCCCUUGAGAACCGGUAAAGAGCUUGAGUUUUCCCUUUCCUUUCUUGAUGGAGAACAAGAUUUAAACCCAGAAAUUUCCUCCCAGCCACUUGCACGUUCUGCUCUUCUUCUUCCUCGCCCCUGCAACCCGAGAAAGAAGCCAGCUGCCGGUGACAUCUCCCUUGAGAAAACCGGUAAAGCUUGGUGAUUUUCUCUUCUUUCUUGUUCAAUCACAAGAUUUAGGACCUAGAAAUCCCUCCUAAACCCAGAAAUUUCCAGACCUGCUUUGGUCUUCUUCCCCUGUCCGCGAGCUGUUUUUGUUGGGUGCGAUUUCUGGGCUUUUUUUGGGUAAGCCACAGCCAUGAAAUUCAUCCUCUCUCUUUUAAUUUCGCUUGGGUUACUCUAAUUUCUGUUUUGGUUCUUGAAUUUGGGUUAAUUCCGUGAGCUUCCCCUACACUUGCCGCCGGCUUCCCCUACACUUGCCGCCGGCUUCUCCCCCGCCAGGUUUGGUUCUGCAGCUGGGAAAUUGUGGGUUCCUGAUCAUUCUGUCAGUUUAGCACUGAGUUCGAGUCUUCGGUUUUCGGUUUUAUGCGAGUGAGUGGGAGGUUUAUAAACGUUAGCACAUGUCAACAUGUUUACUGAUAUGACCGGUCUAUUCUAUAAUCUUGCCAAUGGGAUAAUAUAUUGGUAAUUACUGAUGCCUGCCAGUGGGAGUUUGUUAAACGCUGGUACCAUUAUUGACGUCUGGCAGUGGGAGUUUGUUAACCACUGGUACUUUUGUAACCCUGCCAAUGGGGUUAAACAUUGGUUAUUACUGACGCCUGCCAAUGGGAGUUGUUAAACACUGGUACUACUACUGUGCCUGUCAGUGAGAGGUUUAUAAACGCUGGCCAUGACCUAUAGAUGAGACUACUACUGAAUUUUUCUUCUGCAUUAACGGUUUGUCUUUGAACACUUUGUUAUUGAAUUGAACUGGGUUUUUGCAUUAACGGUUUACCAUUGAAAGUUUUGUUAUGUUUACAUGGUUUAUCUGGCAUGCUUAAAUUUUUACCAAGGGCUAUCCAUAUUUUCACUUAUUGAGAUAUUUUAUCUCAUAGUUUUCCUUAUCCACCAUUUCAAGAAGCGAAACCGAGGAUGGGGAAACCGAAGGGAGUGACAAGGUAGAAGGCUAGUCAUUCUAAUUGGAUAUAAGAUUUAGAGUUUAUCAUCCUUUUGUCAGGUAGAUUUUAUUUUUGAGAUUUGUGAUUUAAAUAAGUUUCGAGCUUGGGCACUUGUGGGACCCGUCUCACGAGUGCACGGCGUCUGCCACGUCUCCAGAUUUGGGUUCUGGGCGUGACAAGCUCUUUACAUCAAAUCUCAAUCCUACGCCUUUUACUAUCGUAUGGAAAAGAAUUUGAGCCUCAUUUUUCCCCCCUUUUUGCAUAUAUCAUCAGUUAUCUUUGUACACUAUAAGAACUUUCUUACCCUUAUAAUCUUUGUUGAAUUAAUUUUGGUAGUAAUU